AUGAUACAUGAUACGAUACAUCAUUACAUACGACUGACAGGUGAAGAAGAGCUGCAAAGAACGGACAAACNUAUAUCAACAAUUCAGUUUGUACAACACUGUCAAUUGACGAGUGGAGGUCAUCUUCUACUGACUCUAAAAAAGACUGAUGUUACCAGAGCUGCACUUCACAAUGUUAUAAGUAAAGCAGACCAGUAUGGAAAAUCAAUUGGACAAAACUCUCAGGGUGUGCUAUUGAAUCCUUCUGUGUUAUUAUGUUCACUUGAUAAGGAUCAAGAUCAUUUAAGUCUUGAUCAUCUAAGAACAGCCCUUAUUUGUGAACACACCAAGCAGCUUCUAAAUGCUAAUAGGGCUGAGGUGAAAUCAAUUCCAGGCAGCACAGACCAAACUGCACAUGAAUUUGAACUCAGAAACAAUCAAAAUAUGCAAGAAACAUGUCAUCUCUUUUCUACAUCAUGUUGCACUCCAACUAAAACCAAUAUGUGGACAGAUAAAGAACUUGAUGAAAAUGCUAAAGAACUUCACAAACUCUUAAAAAGCUGCAAAUAUGUGAAACAAAGUCAUGAGUCAGCAGUCUCAAUAAAUAUUGAGACUAGAGAUCAAGUUGCAAACAAUGUACUGAAUUGUAAUUGUGAUUGUGAAGAUAAUUGCAGCUGUCAAGACUCUGAUUUGAAUGUUGAUGGAAUUAUUUUGGAUGGGGAGGAGUUUGUUAAAGAUAAUACACAGUUUGAAGAAUUAUCAAGGGUUAUAAAGGAUCAUAUUUCAUCCAUUCAAAAUGAUCUUGGAUGGCUCACCAUUGAAGAACUACUGAACUUACGUGACGUUACUAUGAUUUAUAAAUAUAUUUUCUAGCCCCAACCUCUUUAUCUACUACCCUCUUCAAACGCUCUGAAACUCAUUCAUAUAACACCAGAAAUAAAGACCAUCUCAGUUUACCUAUAUGUAG